UACUGUCAUACUUCUCAAUCAGCUGACAAGUCAUUUUAUUCAUUGGCUCAGGCCUGCAUAUUUGAGGUUAAAUGGAACUAAAAGAUACAAACGAUAUUCGGAAUUUUCUUAAUGUGCUAAAUUAAAUGCAGCCGUGCUUUGUGUUGAGUUUAUCUUGACGUAAAACCAUGUAGAAAAUAUUGUCUAGCAGUAACAGUUUAAGGUUAGGUAUUCGGGGAACGUCCGAUAACAAUUGACAUUGCCGUCCUAAGAUUUAACCUGACGAAUAGCAAUAAUGGAUGAACAGAAAGUACAAGACAAGGUGUUUCACCCAAUAAUUUCAUCAGUUCAGAAAAUAGCUCUUUAUGAAACAAGAUCACGUUUCUAUUUAAUGGGUUCAAACAACACCUUGACGAGGUUUCGAGUAUUAAAGAUCGAUCGGAUGGAAUCAAGGGAAUUGAAUGUCAUAGACGAUAAGAUGGAGUACACUCAAGAUGAAAUACGUGAUCUCGUGAACAUGAUAGAUAUGGGAAAUCGAGGUCAGAAGCGUAACCAAGGCGGAGUAGCCCGAGUUGUUUCGGCGUUUGGUAUAGUUGGCAGUGCUAACAAUGAUCCAUCAUUGGACGAGAAUGCUGAUAAAGAGGCAGAACUGGAAAAGGAGCAGAAACCUCAGCAUAAGCCGACUCAGACUAAAUUCUCAUGGAAGAGUAUGUGGCAACGAGACUCAUUUCCAAGGCUAGUACCAGCCUUUGGUAUUGUCGGUUUUGUCAGGUUUCUCGAGGGCUACUACAUAAUUUUGGUCACCAAGCGGCGCAGAAUCGCGGUCAUUGGUCAUCAUACAAUUUACAAGAUAGAAGAUACUUGUAUGAUCUACAUUCCGAACGACUCGGUUCGCCUUUUCCAUCCCGAUGAGCAGAGAUACGUUAAGAUGUUCCAGAGUAUCGACCUGAGCAGCAAUUUUUACUUUAGCUAUUCCUAUGACAUUACUCACACGUUGCAGAUUAACAUGGCUCCACCGAAGCACAUUAAGUCUGACUUUUCUGUCGAUGCAACUGAGAUCCAAAAAGAGACCGAAGAGUUUGACAGCGGCGAAGACUUCUUCGAUAUGUGGCAAUUAAAAAAAAGUUGGCAAACUAAUGGGUAUGGUGACAGAUGCGUAGAUUAUGGUGUUCGGAGCAAUCCACACUAUCGCUUUGUUUGGAAUUCUCACCUGUUGGCUCCGGUGGAGAAAUCCUUGCAUCGGGACUGGGUUUUGCAUGUCACUCAUGGCUUCAUCGGACAAUCCAAUGUCAGUAUCUUCGGAAGGUCAAUGUACAUCACUCUAAUAGCCAGAAGAAGUAAUAAGUAUGCAGGCACGAGAUUCUUGAAGCGAGGAGCUAACUUCGAUGGAGAUGUUGCUAACGAAGUGGAGACCGAACAAAUUGUUCAUGAUUCAGGAGUGAGUUCUUUCCAACAUGGUCGGUUUAGUUCUUUCGUGCAAAUGAGGGGAUCGGUUCCUGGUCACUGGAGCCAAGAUGUCAGUAAAAUGGUUCCGAAGCCUACGAUCACUUGUGACUUAGCUGAUCCCUACGCAGAGACUGCAGGCGCACACUUUAACCAGCUUUUGAAAAGGUAUGGCUCACCGAUCAUCAUACUCAAUCUGGUGAAGAAACGAGAGAAGAAGAAACACGAGAGCACUUUGAGUGAGGAACUAAGUACAGCGGUCAGAUACCUUAAUCAAUUUUUACCUCCGGAACACCAAAUGCACUACAUCAGUUUUGACAUGGCGCGAAAAAACAAAGGAAAAGAGGCAAACGUGAUGGGUCGUUUGGCGAACAUUGCUCACAAUGCAGUGUUAAAGACUGGAAUAUUUCAGUCGCAGAAUCCGUAUUAUAGCCAGCGAAACCUAUUUGCAUCUGCACCGAACAGCAAGAAGCCUCCGAAGACUGACUCAAACCCAGCACUGUUUCCAAAUACUUGUGACUCGAGAAACAUGAGUUCCUUCUUGAACAAAAGUCCGAACAUAAAUUUAAAUUGCAACGUGACCUCCAAAGACACACCGGUUAGUGAAAAGUUGGAUGAUUCUACAUCCGUUAGGGAGAAAAUGAAAGAUCAUUUUGUAACGAGGGGUAUGCUGCAAACUGGAAUCAUUCGCACCAACUGCGUAGACUGUUUGGAUCGAACUAAUACAGCCCAGUUUGCAGUUGGUAAAUGCGCUCUAGGAUUUCAAUUGUGUGCACUGGGUGUUUUGGAGUCGCCAAAAUUGGAGUUUGAUUCCGACUGUGUAAGAAUGUUGGAAGAACUGUACGAAGAUCAUGGAGAUACUUUAGCUUUACAGUACGGAGGGUCACAGCUGGUUCACCGAAUCAAGACUUACAGAAAAACUGCUCCAUGGACUAGUCAAGGCAACGACAUCAUGCAGACUCUAAGCAGAUACUAUAGUAACACUUUCAGCGAUCAGGAAAAGCAACACACAAUUAAUUUGUUUCUAGGAUUAUUUGUUCCGGAGGAAGGCAAACCUCCGAUAUGGGAACUCAUAACGGAUUACUAUCUUCAUCAUAAGCCUGCUUGUCGAUACACUCGUACAAAUAAAUUAUUGACACAGUGGUGGGACAGUAGCGUCUUAAAGUGUCUUCCUUACGCACUCUACGAGGUCACCAAGACUUGUUCUGAAAUGAUCCAAGUACAACAUGCACAUGACAUGAUCGAUAUAUAUUAUGACUAUCAUCGACCGUACGAAUUUUCAUUAAUGUCAGAAGUGUACGCUUAUCAAAUCAGUCAUUCGGUAAGAGAUUUCAUGCCUCAUUUUACAACGAACUACAGUCCUUUUGCUGUGAGAGUGAGACCUGGUAGAAGAAGAGAAGAGGCUGGAAGCAAGCAUGUGAAUAUGAAAAACCCGUCAAUGACAGGCCAGAGUAGCACUGGAAGUACUGCCUCGAGUGCAAGUUCUAGCGUUGAUUCAAGUACUGACGAUGAAGAGGGUCACCAGUUAACCGAUUCUCAAUUAAUUACUUUAAAAAAUAGCAAUGAUUUGACUUCUUUCGAAAUGUUAUUUCCUUCGAUGAAAGAAGUCUACGGCGUGCAACCAGAGUACCCAAAAAGACCUGACAUGAUACUUUAUAAGAGGUUUGUGGUAAUAGGACGCAAUGCCAUUCAUCCGACAGAUCACUCAAAAAUUCGUUCAAAAUUAGUGCAACAAGCAUCAUUUCCUGACAGCAUACCACCCAAAGUUAAUCUUCCGGUUGUAAAAGAAUCCAGUACGAGUAUCUACGAGCAAUAUGUUAAGAAAGGCCAGUUUGGAGGUUCUGUGCCAUAUCCCAAGGAUAUGAUUAUGUAUGAACAAUAUGCCCACCAGCAACAAUUACUUUUAGGCACCGUUUCAAGGUUGUAAAUGAUUCUCAAUUCCUAAUUUUUAAUUUUUCUAAACAAUGGUAGAGUACAAUAAUCAACUACGAGAAAUGUAACUUUGAAGAAGUACUUCUGUCAUUGCAUGUUCUAUGUAUACAAUUUUUGUAAUUACAUGUACAGACACAUCGUAUUAUUUAUUACAAUUAAACCAGAAUGGAGCAGAGAA